AUGGCCGCCUCUCGUGUCUUUGCCCAGCGCCUGGCCACCUCCAUGGCCGCAACCUCCAAGGUUGCCCGCCCUGCCGCUCGCGUCCAGGCCGUCCCCAAGCGCACUCUCACCACCCAGCGCCAGGCCAUCCCCUUCCAGACCGUCAAGCGCCAGCAGCCCUCCAUGAUCCAGGCCACCGCUCGCCAGGGCUUCGCUGCCCGCCGCCAGUACUCCUCUGAGAUCGCCGACGCCAUGGUCCAGGUCUCCCAGAACAUUGGUAUGGGCUCUGCUGCCAUCGGUCUCGGUGGUGCCGGUAUCGGUAUCGGUGUUGUUUUCGGUUCUCUCCUCCUGGCCGUCUCCCGCAACCCUGCUCUCCGUGGCCAGCUCUUCUCCUACGCCAUUCUUGGUUUCGCUUUCGUCGAAGCCAUUGGUCUGUUCGACCUCAUGGUUGCCAUGAUGUGCAAGUACGUCUAG